AUGCGGGCCCCCAUGCCCUCCCGGCCCGGGUCCAGGGCUCCUGUCGGCCGUCUGGCCAGUCUCAAACCUAGCAAUCCAACGCCUAUCAGACGUCCUCAGCCAAUAGCACGUCCGCAGCCGACUAAACCGACAACUCAUCCCAAGACGUCAACCUGUCCUAAUCCUGGCUGCCCUGCACCUCAUAUCGUCGAGGAUGACGGACAGAAGGUUUGUUCCGGAUGUGGUACUGUUAUCAGCGACGCAAACAUUGUCUCCGAAGUUACAUUCGGAGAGACUUCCUCUGGUGCAGCAAUGGUCCAGGGUACCUUCGUCGGAGAGGACCAGUCCCAUGUCCGUAGUUAUGGGCCGGGAUUCCAGCGUGGGGGUAAUAUGGAAAGUCGAGAAAUCACGGAACAGAACGGCAAUCGAUAUAUCAACCAAUUGGCUCGUGCAUUGAUCAUUCCUGAGAGCGCCGCCAAGGCGGCUGGCCAGGUCUUCAAGCUUGCCGUCGGGUUGAACUUCAUCCAGGGUCGACGGACGAAAACCGUCGCAGCAGUGUGUCUGUACAUCGCCUGUCGUCGACAGGAUGGGAAUACUACUAUGUUGAUCGAUUUCGCUGACGUACUGAUGAUCAACGUCUUCAAACUCGGUCGAACUUACAAGGCUCUAUUGGAAGAGCUGCGAAUUGGGGGUAAUGUCUUUCUAAUGAACCCGAUCGAUCCGGAGAGCUUGAUCUACCGAUUUGCCAAACAACUCGAAUUCGGAUCUGCCACAAUGCAAGUGGCCAGUGAAGCGGUCCGCAUUGUACAGCGUAUGAACCGCGAUUGGAUGACUACCGGUCGACGACCGGCUGGUGUCUGCGGUGCGGCUCUAAUCCUGGCCGCCAGAAUGAACAACUUCCGCCGGACGGUCCGUGAAGUUGUCUAUGUGGUGAAGGUCACUGAAAUCACCAUUAGUCAACGGUUGAACGAGUUCAGCUCCACCGAAAGCGGAGAGCUGACCGUUGAUCAAUUCCGGUCAGUGCAACUGGAGAACGCACAUGAUCCACCAUCCUUUACGAGAGCAAGAGAGGACAGGAAACCAGGUCGGCGAGCGAAACGCAAGGCUCCAGAAACAGCAGCGGAGAUUGAGGAUGAUGACUAUGAGGAGCCGCCGGAAAGACGCGUCGAUGCCGAUGGCUUUGCCAUUCCUAGCCUCCCUAUUGACCCUGCCCUGACAAAUGCGACUACCGGCCGGCGACCAUCUGCGUCAUCUGCUAUCAGCGAUGCUUCUGAAGUCGGGGAGGAGUCAUCGAAGUCCAAGCCUGGUCAACCGAAGGGCUCUAAGCCGAAGCAGGUUCCCUUCCAGCCCAGUGCGGAACAGGUUGCAUCGGAAAAUGCCCUCGAAGACGAAAUGACCGCCUUCCUGACCAAGGGCUCCAAGAUGGUCGAAACAGCAUCACACCCCAACCAAGGUCAAGAGACGAACAGACAAUUCAUCUCAGAUAGCACCGAAAUCGACGCCAGCGAAUUCGAAUCCGACCCAGAAGUGGCAAACUGCCUCCUCGGCCCCUCGGAAGUCGAAAUCAAAGAACGCAUCUGGGUCCACGAAAACAAAGACUACCUCCGAACCCAACAAGCCAAGGCCCUCAAGCGAGCCCUGGAUGAAGCCGACUCGGGCCCAGGGAUUCACAAACCUCGCAAGCGCCGCCGCGGCCGAAUGGGCGAUGUCACCUACCUCGAAGGCGAGGGCGAAGAGGGAGACGGACGGAGCACGCGCGCCUCAACUCCAGCAGAGGCAACACGCCGGAUGCUCGAGCGCAGAGGGUUCAGUAAGAAGAUUAACUACCGUCUUCUGGAUUCUCUCUACGGCGAAGAAGGGGCCGAAUCGAAGCCCGACGGUGCGAGUCGCAGCCAGAGCGUUGUGUCGGGUCGUAGUGUCAGCGUCGAACCUGAAUCUACACCUCGACGGACUGGAGUUCUCACUCCAUCGGCCACAGCCAAGCCUACUGCUUCUCCAGCUCCUGCCCCUGCCCCUGCCCCUGCCCCUGCCCUUCCUGCCCGCGCCGCUGCUCCACAGGCACAACCAGCACCAAAACAACCCAACGAAGAAGUCCUCGGCCCCGCCAGCGAGCCAAAAAAUAACGAAGAAGUCGUUGGCGAAGCACCAGGGAAUGAAGACGAUUACGAGGAGGAGGACGACGAGGGGGAAGAAGGGGAAGAUGGUGUCGAUGCGGCAUUCGCAGGGAACUAUGGGGAUUACUACGAUGACGAUAGUGAUGGUUAUGAUAGUGAUUGA